UCCUUCCACCCACUUUCUAAUGCGUAAACCCAAAACCAAAUUCACCUCUCCCCAUUUCUUUAAUCCCCAAUUCAUUUGCGUAUAAAUAUAAACUAGUCUUCUUCAUCUUCUUCCCCAAACCCAUAACUCUACUAAAACCUGCUACAAUUCACCAAUCAAUGGCUUCCUCUUCUCUGGCAUUAAUCUCUCCCAGAAAGCUGCGAUCAGAUCUCUACUCCUACUCCCACCAGGACGACUCCAACACAACUACCCCUCUGGUAAUUUCAGUUCUGGCUUCACUGAUGGAGAGAAGCAUGGCACGAAAUGCCAGGAUCGCCAAGAACUCUAACUGGGCAUUUUCUAAAGAUGCCAGAACUCAAGUUUUCGAUUGCUAUGAACCACCAGACAUGAGCAUUCAAUCGUAUCUCGAGAGAAUUUUCCGAUACACUCGAGCAGGUCCAUCGGUUUAUGUCGUCGCCUAUGUUUAUAUUGAUCGGUUUUGCCAGGGAAACCCUGGUUUUAGAAUCAACCCUAGAAAUGUUCAUAGACUUCUCAUCACCACCAUCAUGCUGGCAUCCAAAUAUGUCGAAGAUAUGAAUUACAGAAACUCGUAUUUUGCUCGAGUGGGGGGUUUAAGGACGGAAGAACUGAACAAGAUGGAGAUAGAGAUGUUGUUCUUGAUGGGAUUUAAAAUGCAUGUGAAUGUAAGUGUUUAUGAAAGUUACUGUUGUCAUCUGGAGAGGGAAGUGAGUAUUGGAGGAGGAUAUCAGAUCGAGAGGACUUUAAGAUGUGCAGAAGAGAUUAAAUCGAGACAAAUUGAAGAUAGAAGAUUCAAUCACAUCGCUCGUGUUAUGUUGUAGAAGAA